AUGGCAGGUUUGCCCGCCAUUAAUCCGCUGGACCCAGUGGUGACUCCUGAAGGCAUGGAAGCGGCCAGUUUGGACGAGGUCAGGGCAAUUCGUGGAGCUAAUUUCGCUAAAUUGGCUAAGGCUCUCGAAGAACUACACAAGCGAGUGGCAAUUGGACGAAGUGCAGCGGAAAGAAAGGGGCGAGCAAAAUCGCUCAAACGCGCUGCCAAGAUGGCGCAAUUCGCAACUGGGGACUUUGUUUUGUAUGCGGAUGUUUGGAGUCAUCGUCACUCGAAGCUUCGGGUGAAGUGGUGCGGCCCCGCUAGAGUUGUUGACACGUCGUCGAACUGGGUGUUCACAGUGGAGAACUUACUAACUGGAGAAACAAAUGAAGCUCAUGCGACCCGGCUCAAGUUCUAUUCGGAUUCUUCGCUGGGGAUCACGGAGGAUCUUAUCGCUCACGUCGCGCACAACAGAGAAGGACAUGUUGUGGAGAAGCUGCUGAAAGCUCGCUAG